ACGCAUCUCGCGCCGUGCAGACGGCGUUGGCGGACGGCCUCACGCGCAUCGAAGUCGACUUCCCCCCACUGCCGAGUGGAAAGGCGGGCUACGAGGGGUCAUCGGAGGAGUACAUAGAGGCCAACAUCCAGCUCGCCCUGGCGCUCGUGCGCCGGCUGCACGGCGCCACCGCCACCACCGCCAAGAUCGUGCUUCCCGACGGGCCAGAGAAGCGCCGCUGCUCCCGCCGCUUCAAAGCUGCUCUGGACAUGACGGACGGGGUGUCGCUGGGGUGUUUGGAGGACGACCCUGUGGCAGCACCGGGGCAGGCGGGCGCACCGCAACCACGCAGCGCGGGUGGACGAGGAGAGGGCGGGUUCUUGUCGGCGCUGAAGAACGCGCUGGACCUUGACUUCGGGGGGCAGGAGACCGGCGAGUGGGCAGCAGCAACGCCAUCGGAUCUGUACAUCAUCGCCAACGCCAGCUGCCAGGAGCUGCCCGCCGUUCAGGCCUACCUCGAGAAGCUCCCCCCCGCCACGCCGGUGCUGCUUUUCAACCUGGAGCUCGACACGCUCAGGGCGGACCUGGGGCUGCUGGGCUUCCCCCCCAAGGACCUGCACUACCGCUUCCUCUCCACCUUCCGCCCCGUCUUCUACCUGCGCCCGCGCGACUACUCCAAGAGUGUGGCCGUGUCGCCAUUCAUCCUCAACUACAGCGGGGCGCUCUUCAGAAUGUACCCAGGGCCAUGGCAGGUGAUGGGGAAGCAGGAGGGCACGGGGUCGUACGUCUGUGUGGCGGAGGGGCCACAGCGCUUCCAACUCGGACAGGUGAAGGAGGAGCUGCAGCGUGCGCUGGGGCUGGGCGAGGAGGAUGGCUCCACCAUGCAGUUCCUGCGCCGCGGCUACAAGACCAACACGUGGUGGGAAGAGCAGUCAGAGCAAGAGCAGUCAACGGAAUGGAGAAGCUGA